AAACAACAUCACUUCCGUAAACAAACCAUUUUUAACAUUUCUUAAUUAUAACAUGGUGUGAAGUUUUUGUCAUACUAGAUUUGUUGUACAGUUGAUGGAUGUUAUUAUCUUCAUGUACAAUGCCUACUGAAAUGGUCAUUAAUAUUUGCAUGGUGUUGCUUGUAUUACUGUGUGAGGCAAGCUCAACACCUAAAGUGCUGCUUGUGUCGAUGGAUGGAUUCCGAUAUGACUAUUUGGAUCUGCUACCACCAAGCAUGGUUCCAAACUUCCAAAACAUAAUAAAAAAUGGAGUGAAAGGCAAAUUAACCAGUGUUUUUCCAACAGUUACAUAUCCUAACCAUUAUACACUUAUCACUGGCCUAUAUCCAGAAAAUCACGGCCUUGUUCACAACAGAUUUUAUGACACAGAUCCUACAGUAAAAGACCAUUUUUGGUAUGAUGACAGGAGAGACAAUUAUGACCCUGUUUGGUUUGACACUGGUGCAGAGCCAAUCUAUGUGACAAAUAAGAAAGGAAGUGGUGUCAGAUAUUCAGCAUCAGCUCUUUGGCCGUGUGGACUUGGAAAAGUAAAAGAAAUAAGGCCGGAUUUUGUUUAUUAUGACACAGACCCAUUUAGCCAUAUUAACUUCACUAAAAUGGUUGAUGACAUGGUGGACUGGUUUACAAACAAAACAAAUCCAGUAAAUCUCGGACUGAUGUAUUUUGAUGAACCAGACGAAAUCGCUCAUGCAUCUGGUGCAGCCUCUACUGCUGUGCUCAACUUUGUGAAGGAAUUGGACGUAGUUAUCGGCCAUCUUAUUAAAAGACUCAGAGAUACAAACCUACUUGAUGAUUUAAAUGUUAUACUUCUUGCUGAUCAUGGUUUCACAAACAUCACAACUCAAGUAGUAUUAGAGGAUUAUGGAAUCAUGGCCCAUGAGUAUACGACUGGAUCAGGCUUCGAAAACCAUAUAACUGUUCACAUAUAUCCUAAUAGUUCAGACAUUGACACAUUGUAUAAGAAGUUUAGCAAUAGCAGUCUUAAGGAUAAAUUAGAUGUUUACUUGAAGUCAAAUAGUACUUAUUUGAAAGAUACUUUGCACUACAGCAAAAAUUCUCGCAUUGCACCAAUAAUCAUCACUGGAAAAGAAGGUGUUGUAUUCUUUCCUAACAAAUCAUCUACUGAAGGAUUUAAAACUAAAGGCGGUCAUGGUUAUGAUCCGAAAUAUCCUGACAUGAGCCCAAUAUUCCUUGCGUUUGGACCAGCAUUCAAAAAGGGCUACAAGACAGACAGUCCAUUUCCAAACCUGGAUAUAUAUCCACUCAUGUGUCAUUUACUAGGGGUCCCUCCAGCUCCCAACAAUGGGUCCCUUAAGAGAGUGGAGCAGUUUUUAAAAGAUCCAUUAAAAGAGGAUGGGUUUACUGUAACAGAAGUUUCAUUGUUGAUGGUGUUUAUUGUGACAGUGCUGGUAGCUGGUCUGUUUGCCAUCUGUGCGUGCCACAAUGCGCGAAAGCAGCCGCGCCUCCUAUUGCGCGGAUUCCAAAGCCCCGUCGGGAAUCUACAGCAUUCACACCAUCUCCUGCAGGACAACGAUGACGAUGAUGAAUUUUGAUCUGUCAUCUGAAGUUAAUCAUCUAUAACACUAUUUAUAAUUCAUGUUUGUUAUUUUGUUGUUUCAUCUAUUUAGGCAUAUAAGUUUUAAGCAUGUCUGUAUUUGGAAAGAAAAAAUGUUUGGUCAGGGUUCACACAGACUUAAACAGUACUUGAAUUUUAGGCGGCUGGAUGAAAAGUGCUCAACUUUGCAAAAACCUCCUUAAACCUACUUCAAUUUUUGUCUUGCUUUGAAAAGUGCUUGUUAUUUUGGAAUUAGUCCUUAAAUUUCCUUGUUCUUCUCCAAAUGGAGCGCUGUAAUAAAAAAGGUCCAUUUUUACAUAAAAAGUUUAAUCUUUAAGUGAACACCUUGCUAGAAACUCUGCUGUUCGGAUAUCUUGGCAUGUGUGGGAUGGUAUGGGGAUUAUUAUGGGUUUAGACUACAAUUUACAUGAGCAUGCAGUCCUUUUCUGUUUCCGGUUUUAUUUUUCACUGGUUUUUGCUUAUCCUUGUCCUGUAAAAAAUGUGUUCAUAUUUGUUAAAAUUUGUUAUUUUAGAUAGUCCUUGAAAGUCUUAUAAAUGUCCUUGAAAUCUCCUUGAAAAUUCCUUGUUUUUUUUGCCGGUCUGGCUGUGUGAACCCUGUAAGUGUUGUCAUAGCCUCGGUGUUGUGAACAUCAUCAUCAUUCAAAAGAUCGAUCUUACAUUCUUUAGCCAUAACUAAAUAUUAUUCAAGAUAUUGACAUUAAACUUGUUACAUUUUACAUGUAAUGCGUCCUGUUGAACUUUGAAUCAAGUAGAUGAACUUAAAAUAUAUUGGCAUGAAACUUGUUACCUGUUCAAAGUUAUGCGUCUUCAUGCACUCCAAGGAUGUUAGAUGACCUUAAAAUAUAUCAGCAUUAAGCUUGUUACCUGUGCAAAGUUGUGUUUUUAUUUUAAAUUGUUUAACUAUAUUCAUCAUUUAGUUACCCAUGACAUUCCACUUAAAAACAAGAAACUGUCUCUGUAAGUGCUAUCCAAGCAUAAUCAUUCCAUUAAGAACUAUACUCAAGUGCGGUAUGCAGGGAUGUAUGGGACAUGUACAAUAUGUAUAUUGACAUUUUUAGCUCCUCUGAUUUUGUAUAAAAAUGUUAAGGUUUUGUCAUUGCCUUGGUGUUUUUGGCAGUGUAUAUGUUGUGCAAAAAACUAACCCUUGGUCAUUCUCAAACCGUUAUAGAUACUCUAAUAAAACACAGUAUUAUGUUUCCAGAGACAAUAUGCAUAUAUAGCACGGCCCAUACAGUCAUCAAAAUUAGGCUUUUGGAUGAACCAGCCCGAAUAUUUCUACUUUUGCUUGGCAUCAAAUGUUUUAACAAUCCCUGCUAUAUAAAAUUCGAGCAUUUGAGUUUGAGCAAGCCCGGAAGACAUUUGACCAGUGCAGGGCUUGCCGGCUCGUGCUUAUUGCGACCACUGCCCAUAUCUAUGGCUUUAAAUAAUUGUUGAGUUAUGCCCCUUCUUUGGAUCAACAACAGAUGAGGAUUGGUUGCUCCGCGUCGCUCUUGUUAUAAUUGUGAUUAUGUAUUAUUUUGGGGGUAUUUAUUUUGGUUAUAUUUUCAUUGCUUUGAUGUUCCUGUACCGGUUGAACAUGUGUCUAGAGUCUUGUUUUCCUCUUUUUGAGACUGUAUCUCCUAAUUUUGUGUGUAAGGGUUCAUUAUUCUUGUUAAUUAUAAUUUUUAAAGAAUAAAAAAUACUGGGCCACUGUUGUUCAGAACUUUGUUAAAGAAUAAUGUUAACAACAUGGUUAAUGAUAUAUUUGUUAACGUUAACAGGCGAAAUAUUUUGUGAUAUGUUCAUAAAUUAAAGUGAAAAAGGACAGCUGAAACAAAUGUUGCAAAUCGUGUUCGAAAUACUGCAGAUCAAAAGUUUAUCCAUGUAAUUUGCAGAGCUGUUAAGAUCUGAAAGCUAACAUUGAUAUUAGCAAGGUUAUUAACUUAAAGUGACAAACGUAUUCCAAACUAAUGCAUACACAUGUAUAAAAACAUAGGUUUUGAGUGAUAAACCUUUAAGUUGAUACUAAUUAAUGCAUUCAUGAAAAAUAUUAAUUACUGAUAACAAGAUUAUAACCGUUCACUUAAAAGCUGUAAAUGCAAAAAUAUGAAAUGAUUGGUGAGUUCUAAAAGAUUUACUGUGAUAUACUUUAUCUCAUAAAGUAGAAAUACCUUGCUUUCUGCACCUUUCCUUCAAAUGAAACUAGGUAUCCUUCAUAAGAACCUUUGUUUGCAACAUUUUUGGUAUAUCAAACCAAUCGUAUGAAUUAUUUUUGGGACUAAGAGUGCAUCUUUAAACAAACUUCUGAAAUAUGGCCCAGUUUUAUAAUAAUUUGCAUUAGUUUUUAUGGAGUUUUUUCUUAGAAGCCAUCUCAAAAACAUAAAAUAAAUGAGGCUCUUUAUAGAUAAAAAAUAGGAUCAACUCUUGACGCUUUUAUUGUUCAGUAUCUUGUCUCAUAUUAAGUAUGCUCUUUUGUAGGUCAUCGCUGAUUAUAUUUAUGAGCUUUUAUAACCUACAAUUUUUCAUGUGUGUAUUGAUUUUUAAGUAUUCAGAUGAAUUAUUGUUUAUAUGGUUUAUUUCAUCAUGCAAUGACUGUCUGAUCUGUAUAGAUCUAGCAGAGUAUUAUCACAUUCACCAGUUUAGAUUGACUUUGUUCAUUGCUGUUAGAACAUUCAGUUGGAUAAGAUUUUACAAAGAAACGGUAUAAAGGGUAUUUUAAAUGUUCGCCUAUAUGUCCGAUGUCUGAUGUUUGCCUGUCUUAUGUGCCUGUCUGUUUGAUGUCUGCCUGCCUAGUCUCUGGUGUUUGUAUGUCUGUCUGAUGUUUGACUGAGUGUCUGAUGUCUGACUGAUGUAUGUCUGAUGUCUAUUUGCCUGUCUGUCUGGUUGCUUGUCUGUCUGAGGUCUCCUUGUCUGUCUUAUGUUUGCCUGUCUGUGUAAUGUUUGCUUGUUUGUCUAAUUUCUGCCUGUCAGUGUAAUGUCUGUCUGUCUGAUGUCUGCCUGUCUAUCAAAUGUCUGCCAGACUGUCAAAUGUCUGCUUGUCAGUGUGUUGAUUGCCUGUCUGUCUAAUGUCUGCAUGUCUGUCUGUGUUUCUGAUGUCAGUGUGUCUUAUGCCUGUCUGUUUGAUGUACUUCUGAUGUCUGCCUGUCUGUCUAUUUAUUCUCGCAUAUUUUACAGAUGUAGGGUUGAUUCAAUGAUUGGAGUUAAGGGAAGGCAAUAGAACAGAUUGUGUUCACGUCUUUUGUUCUUUAAGUAGGUUUUAUCUCACCUUAAAGUUGUCUGAGACUGUGAGUUUUGUGAUCAUCUUGUGUGCGACAUUUCUGUCAAUUGGUAUUGCUUUUACCUUUGGGCCUAUGCCUUACAUAAGUGGGAUAGUCCUUAGGUCGUCCUAGGUCUAACAGUGAUAUUCCUAAACCAGAAUUCUGGUUGCCAACUCAAAAAUUGAUCUACUAAAAUUAUGUACAACAAAUCAUGUUCACAACCUCAAGCCUAAGAGCUAAGAUAUUAAACAGCUUAGAUAUUUUAUGGCUUAGAUAUUUCAAGGUUAGAUAUUUUAGAGCUUAGAAAUUUGGUGCAUAUAUAGCAUUUUGUAGCAGCCCAGUUAAUUUGUUGAUAGUUUACCAUAUCCAAGUAGUUUUGCUCUCAUUAGAAUUGAUGGACUAAAAGCUCAGGUUAGGGGACACAUGUUUGACUGAGCUCUCUUGUUUGGUUGUUACAUGGUGUAUAGGUACAAGUCUAGAAUUGGCCAUAUAGUAUUACAAUGUAUUACAUGUAGUAUUAAAUAUGCCAUACUGUUCAUACUGCAGUUGCAUUCCACUCGGCAUCUAAGGGGCCAUUUCAUCAAUUAUCCUUAGAGCGAUUUCGUUCCUAGGAGAGAUUUUCAACAGGAGUACAUCACUGUUUUAAUUCCUUUUAGGAGGUAUAUUAUACCUACACUUAAUGGCUUUGAAAACGCACCACUUACAUUUUCAUAAAUUUAUUCAUUAAUAGUACAUCGAAUGUAUUCAGAAUUUCUAGGUACAACAAACAAUAUGUUAUAAAUAUUGUAUGCAAAUUUCUGUAAAACUGUAAACGUAAGACAUGGUCGAACACCGCAAAUCACAGUUUGCUAGUAAGGAGUGUAUGACCCGUUUGCCUGUAUACAGGCAAGACAUCUACGCCUCAUGGACAGUAAGAACUGCUAUGCGGUGUUGUGGGAUGUUGGCCCACUCCUGCACAAGAGCAUUGCGUAAUUCUGCAACAUGGGUGGAGGAGGAUUUCGUGCAUAAACCCUCCUACCAAGCUCAUCCCAGAGAUGCUCAAUAGGAGCCAUGUCUGGAGACAACGACGGCCAGUCCAAUACAGUUACAUUGUUUUGAACAAAAACUGAGUGGUCCUUCGGGUUGUAUGGGCGGGAGCAUUAUCAUGUUGAAACAUGUAACGUCCAUGUGGAAAUUGACGUCACACAAAUGGCAAAAACACUGGUUGAAGAACAUUAUUUAUGUAUGUUUGUGCGUUUUCAAAGGCGUUCAGUGUAUAUAUAGAAGAGAUUUUCAACAGGAGUACAGCACUGUUUUAAAUCCUUCAGACGGUCAGAGUCAUAUCAUUGCUCUUAGGACGCUUGAUGAAACAGCAUCCAGAAUAUGUACAUUUUGGGUUGUGAUACAUUUUGCAUAAUAUUUGUAGGUAGUUUAUACAACAAUACACUCAUUUUAUUACUUCUUUUCAGUUUUCAUUGGUCACAAUGUUAAAUUUAGAUGCCUAGUGACCCUAGAAUAGAAAAAGGUUAUUGUAGUUUAUAUGUUUAACGGUUUUUCAACUGGAAUCAGACAUUAAAUGGCCUAUUUUGCAAUAUUUUAGAGCCAGCAUUAAAGCUUGUUUGUACUAUAACUUACGGAAUAUGUUUUAUAUAUUGUUUUUUUCCCAAUAAAACGCUUUAAAUGAUACAAAAAUAGAACAUGAGCACCAGAUUUCCAAAAUUUACAUAACUGUACACUGAAUACCUUGAUAAACUGUUAGUGCCAUGCAAAGUGAACAUUAAAAGAUCCUAAUUAUGUUUACAAAUAAGACACAUAAUUCAUGAAUUAUUUUGUUUUAAAUGUGUGGUAAAUGCCAUGAUGUUUUGUUUUUGUUUGUAUAUUUGUUUUUAAUGCGAUGAGCUUGUAAUGCUUAUUAAGUCAAAAUAAUAAAAAAGUGGUUCUGUUCUUCUGUUUAUGUUUUAUUACAUACAUGGUGAACAUUUUCAUGAUUCAUGUUUAUUACAAACAUGGUGUACAAUUUCAUGAUUCAUGUUUAUUACAUACAUGGUGUACAGUUUCGUGAUUCCUGUUUAUUACAUACAUGGUGUACAGUUUCGUGAUUCAUGUUUAUUACACACAUGGUGUACAAUUUCAUGACCCCUGUUUAUUACAAACAUGGUGUACAAUAUCAUGAUUCAUGUUUGUUACAAACAUUGUGUACAAUUUCGUGAUUCAUGUUUAUUACAUACAUGGUGUACAGUUUCGUGAUUCAUGUUUAUUACAUACAUGGUGUACAGUUUCGUGAUUCAUGUUUAUUACACACCUGGUGUACAGUUUCGUGAUUCAUGCAUAUUACACACCUGGUGUACAAUUUCGUGAUUCAUGCAUAUUACACACCUGGUGUACAAUUUCGUGAUUCAUGCAUAUUACACACCUGGUGUACAAUUUCGUGAUUCAUGCAUAUUACACACCUGGUGUACAAUUUCGUGAUUCAUGCAUAUUACACACCUGGUGUACAAUUUCGUGAUUCAUGUAAAUUAAAUAACUGGUGUACAAUUUCAUGAUUCAUGUUUAUUACAUACAUGGUGUACAAUUUCGUGAUUCAUGCUUAUAACAUACAUGGUGUACAAUUUCGUGAUUCAUGUUUAUUACAUACAUGGUGUACAAUUUCAUGAUUCAUGCUUAUAACAUACAUGGUGUACAAUUUCGUGAUUCAUGUUUAUUACAUACAUAGCAUAUCAUUUGGUGAUUUAUGUUUAUUACAUAUGUAGUGUAUAAUUUGGUGAUUUAUGAAUUUAUUUUUCAGUCAUGACAUGUACAAUAUAAUGAUAAAGAAUUAACAUGU